ACGUUUUGGUUUUUCUCUCCACAAAGAUGCACUCUGUCUAAACUGUGUGGCUGUGUGGCUGGCCGUUACUGGACUGCUGUACAAGGGGAAAUAUAUUUCAUAAAAGGCCCAAUGUUCGUAGUCUCCUUUGGUUUGCUGUUGAGCUCUGGAAACCCUGAGGUGUGACCAGUUUUCAGCCUUCAAAACUGAGAUGAACUGCCCUUGAGAGGGAGUAGUCAGAGAGGAGACAUGGUCACCCUCUCUCUCCUGAGCCGAGGGCAUGGGAAGUUGGCCCAGAAUAAACAGAAGUUGGAAGUCUAUUUUGAACCAGAGGACUAUUUGAACUGGAAGUCUCCAGAAGACUACAUCCUUGUCAGUAAAGCCCAGAAUGGGGACAGUGCCAGCCAGCACUCCUGGAACCUCUUUCUUCCUAAGACCUUCAGCACAAGGAAGGGGGCACUGAUUCUCUACUCAGAAGGGCUAGCUGUGUCAGCAUGGACACCCAGAGACAGGAGAAGAGGUCCCAGGAAGAAGCAGGACCUUGGACUGCACACACUUCAGGACCUCAAAGAAGCCAUCUUGGCAUAUGGAAAGAGAAAGAGGAAGCAGGACAGCGCCUGGCGACCUUACCUCUACUUCCGAAGCAAGCCAGAGAGCCAGACCCAACGGCAGAUCCAGCCUGGGUAUUCAGCCAAAAGAUAUCUCCGAGGCUUUCUGCGGACAUGGCCCCCUGACACCAUGUACCGGCUCCAGUGUGCAGGACACAUCAAGGAUUCUGUGCUGCUCCAGGACAGUCAGCCUGGGAUACCCAAGAAUCUCAGGCCACAACAGGAUCUUUCAGGUGUACCCCCAAAAUACCAUCUCCUGCCUGUCAUCCCUUCAUUUUGGAUUCAACAGAGAUCGUCUUAUGCACAAGGUCUGGAUGAAUGGGAAAUUGAUACAUACAUGGACCAGGACUCUGGUGCUCAGAACCACAGCCAUCUGGAUACUCACCUGAUGUCAGUCAGGAGGCAGCUGUGGCAGGAAGAUGAACUCCAGGCUGAGGACACAUUGAGAGAGAGCCAUCUCGGUGUCCACGCUUCGGAGCAAAGUCACAAUGGAAAGAGUCAGCAAGCCUCCAGGGAGAUCCUUGGGCGUGCCUCAUUCAGUUACUUUCAGCUUCCUACUGACAAAUCCCUCUUCUCGUUCUACUGUGGAGCCUUCCCAGACAAACAAAGGAACAUGAAACCCCACAAGGCCAGAGGCGGCUGCUUGUCACAGGAGCCUCCUGUUGAAAGACGCCUUUUCCCUCCUUUAGCAUCUGCCUUUGGCUCAGAACAAAAUACCCUUGGGGAAACAAAGAAAAAAAAGGCACCGAGGACUCUGAAAUUACCUCCUGUUUCAGAAGAACCCCCUGGAGUCCUGAAACCCCAGAGGAACCGAUUUAAAGGCAGUGAACCCCCAAAGGAGCUCUUCGUUAUCCCCAUGGAGAUUCAUUUUCAUGCCCCACAACCCCCAAAAGAAAAGGCCAGCAGAAGAGGUGCUCAGCAUCCUGAGUCAGAACCAGAAGAAGCCACACCUUUAUGGUGGCCUCCCAUGAAGCAUCUGUACUUAGAAAGGCCAAGGGGGAUAACGGUGCAUCUCCCAGUGGACAGCAGCCAGGAUACACCCUCACCUCAAGGUAGCUCCUCUCUCCCUCCAGCAUCCUACAAGGCAAGGCACAGAAAGGUCCUCAGCGGAGAGGAAGGACGCCAGGGAGAAGAUGGUGAUAUCCUGGCCCAGAGUGUGAAUCAACCCCUGGGUCUCCUACCCUCGAUGAAAGGAAAGAAAAGUUUGGAGAUCCAGAGAGACAUGGACAGAACCAGGACAUCGGGCUUCAGUAGUCCCACAGGUUGCCCAAAUGAGAGGGCACCGCCAGCAGGACCAGAAGACUCCAGAGAUCUGACAUUGAAACACUUCUUGCUGAGCCCAGAUGGUGAAAACGUCUGCCUGACGCUCCCGAGGCUCAUGGGAACAGAGGUGCUUCCACUGGGACAAGCAAACACUGGAGCCGGAGCCAGUCUUCAUGGAAAUCUUUAUGAAACCUCCUCACGUUUGGCUCAAGCUGCAGAGAGUCAGGGAGCCCCACAGUCCUUGGAGGCAGCAGCUCAGAAGACGGGAGAGCCUCAAAGAUGUAUAAAUAAAGGGCUGAUAUGUUCAAACGAAAAAGAAUUUUACACACGCAAGCUGCACAUCGACAUGACGCCGUUCCUGAAGGAACGUGGAAAUGAACUUGACUCUCAUGAAGAACCAGGAGGACCCCUCAGAGGAAAUGCCAAAGACAGCCAAGACCCAGAACUAAGGAACAAGACCCUUGCCCGCCUCAGUACAUCCCUGGCUGAGUACAACCAGCCCUCUGAGGCUGACACCUUAAAGAGCAUGGACGGAGAUUACAAUGUGCACCACCUGCACAGAGGACCUCUAAAACGUGAGCCUGCAUUCCCAAAGAAGUUGGUUUCUGAGACUCCUAGAAAAAAGAAGAAAAGGAGACCAAAGCUGCUCAACCAGAAGACUCUAGUUGGCAUCAAUCAUGGAAGGGAUUUGGUUGACAAGGUUAAGAGGAAGAAAAGAACCAAGACACAGCAGGCCAAAGCUCUCAAGAAAGAGAGGGAAGAAAAGGGCCUGGGGCAAGCAGAGGCUGCUGGAGGAAAGCCAAAGCAUUCAAAAAUUAAAAAGAAAUCAGAGCUAACUCCAAAAGAAGAGAAACUGGGAAGAAAAAUGAAAAGGACACAUAAAGAGAGGAAUAUAGAGAUGGCGGCAGGGCUGAGCAAGUCAGAAAUCACCAACUCCAAGGAAGCAGGUGGCACCUCACAUCAAGGGUUCCUCCGCUCCCACUCUGCGGCUGGACGACUUUCUCUUGAACUCGAUGCUCUGGAGAGUCAGGUUGCUAUAGAUGGAAGAUUAUCAUCCAUCCAGGCCACAGAUGUCACUAGUGACAUGGAAUGUGAAGAGGAGAGAAGCCAUGGAGACCCUUCCAAGCCCCUCCAGGAUAAGAAGCAGCAGGAGAAGGCUUCUCGGGACAGACUUCGAAUAGAGAAGGCAGAGAUGAGAUGGCUGAAGGUGGAGCAGAGCAGACGGGAGCAGGAGGAACUGACUUGGCUCCAUAAGGAGCAGCUGGAGAAAGCAGAGAAGAUGAAGGAGGAGCUGGAGCUGGAGCAGCAAAGACGCACCGAGGAGAACCGCCUGAGAAAGCAGAGACUGGAGGAAGAACGGCAGCAACAGGAGGAAGCAGACAGAAAACGGAGGCUCCAGUUGCAGGCAGCCCGGGAGAGAGCAAGGCAGCAGCAGGAGGAGCUCCGCAGGAAACUGCAAGAAAUACAGAGAAAAAAGCAGCAGGAGGCGGCAGAGAGGGCUGAGGCAGAGAAGCAAAGGCAGAAGGAACUGGAGAUGCAGUUAGCAGAAGAACAGAAACGCCUGAUGGAAAUGGCUGAAGAAGAACGGCUGGAGUACCAACAGCAGAAACUAGCAGCAGAAGAGAAAGCUAGGCAGGAGGCUGAGGAAAGAAGGAAACAGGAAGAGGAAGCAGCAAAGCUAGCCCUGGAAGAAGCCACAAAACUAGCCCAGGAGCAAAUCAGGCAAAAAGCUGCUCUGGACAAACACCUUCAUUUUCAUCAAGAACUCUCUAAAGAAGCCAGUGGUCUACAGUGGACACAGAACAUUUCCAGACCAUGGGUCUACUCGUAUUUCCAGUCCCUACAAAUCCCCAAGCCGUAAGGCUAGAAGAAAACAAAAAGUAAGUUGAGAAGUGGUGACAGAAAAAAAGCUAUAUUUCUAUAAUAAAGCUCCAGCCUGAGCUCUGUUAGUUCCAUUUCAUCUCCUCAGCCGUACCUAGACCUUCCUUACCCUGGAACCUCUCUAUUCCCAGCAUUCUUGCACUCCACAUACUGAUCCAAUAAACUUUUCACUUGCCUAAACCAU